AUGGUUCAGCGGCUCACGUACCGGAGGCGACACAGCUAUGCCACCAAGUCCAACCAGCACCGGAUCGUCAAGACUCCGGGUAACUCACCAGCUGCCAUUUCUGGACCUCAUCCUUUUUAUGGAUGUGAUUAGAUUCGUCUCUACUUCCUCUCUUGCUGGUUUUCUCCUUGUCCUCUAGCCAUAUUGUCUAUUUAGUCUUCUUCAGCGUGAACAUCCUGCGCCUCCGCGGCGAAGGCUUCACCGUCUCCAUUGUAUGCCCAACCGUCUUUCUUUUUGCCUUUUUAAUCGACGCCGCUGAUGGGCACCAUCAAAGUUGGGGGCUCUCGUUGUUCCCUGCUAUUUCUUUCGGAUGGGUUCGUGCGUCUUGGGCCUUCUGACAUGGUUUCUUUGCCUAGGUGGGAAGCUGGUGUAUCAGUCGGCGAAGAAGAGGGCUAGUGGACCGAAAUGCCCGGUAACUGGGAAGAGGAUCCAAGGGGUUCGUACUCCUGCUCCUCCUGUUUCCCUUCUCUUGAUCUUUGAUGUGCCCAUUCGUAGUAUGCUGUCUCCCGUACCAGUGCUUUCUGGUGUAAUUCAGAAAAAAUGCAUAUAGGAUUUCUGGGUUCAUCAUGCUUGAUAUUUGUUCGUAUCAUGGAUGUUUCCGAAUCUUAUUUCUUUAAUCACCUUUUCAUUGUUUUCUUUUGAUUUCUUCUUGUUUGGAUACGGAUCGUAUGCACCUAUCGCAUAAAUAGUUGGGGAUUAAGAUGAUCCUUGAACUCUAUGUUGACUGUGAUCUUGCCUGUUUUAACUCUGUGUUAACUGUAAUCUAUUGAACAGGGUUUUUCUUUGACUUUCCGGGUCAUAAUAAGGUAGAUGAACUUUACAGAGCUUAGAUAGGAAAAGAAGCGGUGGUGCUGGUCGAAACAAAUAUACUGUCGGGAUCCUAUUCUCAGUACAAUCCCGAAGAAGAAAAGUUUCAAAGCAUGACCACAUGCGAUUCAUUUCUCCUCUUUGUGGCGGUUUAAGCCAAAGCCAACGCGUCAUUCAUGUUCCAUCAAAUGCCCAUUUGAAUGGAUUCUUCUCAUGUUUCCCUGCUAGAUUCAGACUUGCCGAAGUUUAAAUCUUUGGCUUCCAUUCCAAUUAAUCAAAUUCCUCUGUUUUAAGUUGUGUUCUAGAAAAUAAUGGCUUUCCGCAUGUCUCCACCAACAUUGACCUGCCUUGAUAUUCCAGAUUCCGCAUCUCCGGCCUGCCGAAUACAAGAGGUCAAGGUUGUCCAGGAACCGGAGGACGGUCAAUAGAGCAUAUGGCGGGGUCCUCUCUGGAUCAGCUGUCCGCGAGAGGUAGCUACACCACACUACCCCCCACCCCCUCCCUCAUCUCUUUCAUCAAGCUUUCUACUCGACUUCCCAGUUAUCCCAUCUUGCAGGAUCAUCCGGGCUUUCCUUGUUGAAGAGCAGAAGAUCGUUAAGAAGGUGCUCAAGAUACAGAAGGCCAAAGAUAAGCAGGCAUCGAAGCAGUGA